AUGACGUCUCCGUUAGCCAAGAUUGGUGUUAUCUCAAUCGGAGAUAUGGGAAUGGGCAUCGCAAAGCUUUUGAUCGCGAACGGAUUCUCCGUGGCGACAAACUGCAAAGGUCGAAGUAAUGACACGAUGGAGCGGGCCAAGAGCGCACAGGUCGAGAUCUACAAGUCAGACGAGCAUCUCGCUGAGGCCUGCGACGUUAUCUUGUCUGUGGUGCCGCCCCGGGACGCCACAGCGACGGCCCAGCGCAUCGUCGACGCCAUCACGGGGCCCUUCCGGCGGAGCGAGCCGCUGUACUUCGCGGACCUGAACGCCGUGGCACCAUCCACGACGCGGAGCAUCGCGGCUCUUUUCGAGCAGACGCGGGGGCAGGUCCGCUUUAUUGAUGGCGCCAUCAUUGGGAACCCGCCUGCCCCGAAGCCUACCGCCUCUGGAUCCGCAGACUCAGGGGCCGCAGAAUGGAAUGUCCCUAGCAUACCAAUCUCGGGCCCACACAAGGUUUCUGAUAUCCCCGGUUAUGGGGAGAAGCUCUCUAGCAUCCUCAAAUUGCGACAUGUCUCCGAUGAGAUUGGUGUUGCCUCGGGGCUGAAAAUGUGCUUUGCGAGCCUGACGAAGGGAUUUACGUCGCUCGCGAUACAGUCCUUCACGACAGCAAAGCGUCUGGGCGUGCUUGAUGAGUUGCAGAGCGAGCUGGAAGGGCUCGUCCCGGCGCAUUGGAAAUCAGCAGAGCGAGGCGUCAUCAACAUGGCGCCCAAGGCGUACCGUUGGGCCAGGGAGAUGGAGGAGAUCGCCCUGACUUUUAACGAGGAGGGCGGCUUCCCGCAAGAUCUAUUCCGAGGCGUCGCGAAUGUUUAUAAGACCGUUGCAGAAGACACGGUUCUGGGUGAAGAGAAGGUUGGCAAGCGGAAACGAGGCACUGAUGUUAACGAUAUGGCCGCGGCGAUGGCCGAGGGUCUAGAGAAUAAGAGGAAGAAGAACGACUAA